AUGUUUCAAGAAUGUUUUCUUUAUAUUUCUCUUUCUUUCUUUCCUUCAUUUUUUGCUUUUUCCUGUUUCUCUUUAAUCUUCAUCUCUCUCUCUUUCACUCUCUCCUUUUUCUAUCAAUUUUCUUUUUCUCUUCAUCUUUGUCAGUUUUCUUUAUAUUUCUCUUCCUUUUUUCUUUCUUUUUACUUUAUUUUUCUUUUUUAUUCUUUCAAUGUCUCACCAUCUUUUGUCUCACUCAUUGAUCUUCUCUUUACUGCUUUGACCCUUUUUGUACUUCUCUAUUUUCAUCACUCUGUCUAUCUCUCUCUUUCUCUCUGCAUUUUUCUUCCUUUUUUUCUUCCUUUUUUUUUCCUUCUUGUUCAUUUUUCUUUUCUUCUUCUAGCUAUUCUUCUCACUCUUUACUUUCUCAUUUUGUCAGCUCUCCAGCUGAAUUUUCUUUCAAGUUUUUCAGCAAUUAUUGAAACGUCAGUGAACAUAACAAAAAAGAUAAUGGAGUAA